UUUGUGCUUUAAAAACGUUUAGGUAGAAAUUUAAAAUUUUUAAAAUCUCCAAAUAAAAAUUAGAUAAUAUUAAUCUGGAAUUCUUGUAUGCGCACUUCGCUUACUUCACUUAUCUAGACUAGUCCACUAAAAAUAAGCAUGGCGUGCUGCGAACGGGAAGCGAAGCCUGCGCCCAAAAAGGAGCCUGCCGAGGCUGGAAUGUGUGGUUGCAUGGUCAAAAUUGGCAUAAUUGGCGGCAGCGGCUUAGACGAUCCAGAUAUAUUAGAAGGACGUAAGGAAAAAACAGUUACGACUCCUUACGGCCCGCCUGCUGAUGUGCUAAUUGAAGGUACAAUAAAUGGUGUCCAAUGUGUUUUGUUGGCCCGACACGGCCGCAAGCAUAACAUAAUGCCAACCAAUGUUCCCUAUCGUGCGAACAUUUGGGCCCUCAAAGAAGCGGGCUGUACCCAUGUAUUAGUAUCGUCGGCUUGUGGUUCGCUACGUGAGGACUUCAUGCGCGGUGAUUUGGUCAUACCAGAUGACAUCAUUGACCGUACAACACAGCGCAUUGAAACUUUUACUGAUGGCCAGCCUGGAAGUCCCCCGGGUGUAUGUCAUUUACCAAUGUCUCCCUUGUUCAAUGAACCCACACGUCAAAUUUUACUAGCGGCAGCAAAGAAACUAAGUUAUAAAGCCCACGAACGCGGUACAGUUGUGUGUAUUGAAGGUCCACGCUACUCGUCAAAGGCCGAAAGUAAAAUGUUCGGUAAGUGGGGCGGCGAUUUAAUUAACAUGACUAUCGUUCCCGAGGUGGUGCUGGCCAAAGAGGCAUCUUUGUUGUAUGCCGGUGUUGCAAUCGCUACUGACUAUGAUAGCUGGCGUGAAGGACAAGAAGCUGUUGAUGUAAAACAAGUAGUGGAGACUUUUGCUGCCAACGUCGAUAAGGUGAAGAAUAUAAUGAAAGAAGCGGUGAAAAUGAUUUCGCAACAGAAUUGGACAGAAGAAAUACAGAAGGCAAAAGAUUUGGUUAAGAACAAUAAUCAGGCUCUAAAGUAACUACUAGGCUCUUAAAUGGAUUUUAGAAAUAACUUAAAAGUAACUCGAACAUUUACAUAUAAAUUUUCGAAGUUCGAAAGAAUUGUAUGGCCUCCAAAUUUUUGAAGUAGACUAACCUUUUAUAAGUACUGUAAAAAUACACCAAUAAAGCAGAUAAAACUAAUU